AUGGUCAGACCACUCUCAAUUCAAGCCCUCGAUCUCAGCACUGAUGAAUGUCCAGCCGCUGCAUUGACAGCAAACGAGCCAAAAGACCCGCUUGCCCUCUCUGUGAAGGAUCUCGAGCACACUCUGUCAAUCAACACCACAAGCGUCUUAGCAGCCGCCCAUGAAGCCGUCACGGAUUUCUCUCAGCUACCCGCCACCGCAUCCAAAACAUUCAUCUACACAGGUAACAGGCUGAAUAUAGCGCCAAUCGCGCCCCUUCUCAGCUUGGGCAUCGGUAAAUCAGCCACUGCUCAUCUCAUACACUCGGCUUCCGAAGCCUACAAGGAAAAGGGUUUCAAGUUUUAUUACGCAGACGAGCGGAAGGCGGAUGGAGCUCCCGCGUUUGCUAUCGACGGAGACGCGCAUGGGGAGGUGUAUUCGCAAUUGGCGGAGAGCGAGGGACAGGGGCCAUGGCUAGCAACUUUCGUGAAGGGAAAGGGGCGGGUUGAUUUCUAG